AACCUCCAAAAGCCUACACAAAACACUUGACACAACUACAACCCGUUCGCCUCCUCCGUUUGUCCCAUAAUUCUGUUCGCGACCUUUCCACAUGUCUCUUUGAGUAUAUUUGCAGCGUGAAGCUCCCGUCGAUUUUGUGCCCCGCUCUUUCAAACCCUGGCUGUCCUACUGAUUUGAUACCUUCGAGUUUUACUGUCGAGUACAAGCUGCAUUAUAUCGUGCUUCCAGGCGAUUGAGGCGACAUGUUGGCAUCAAAGAGACUAGGGAAGGAGUUGACAAAGAUGCACGAAAACCUCGCGCCGGGUAUUACGAAGAUCAAAUGCGACGACUUCCAGGAAUGGCUCAUGGACAUUCGUGUCGACGAUAAUCCGCUCUAUCACGGCGAGGUUUAUCGGUUGAAAUUUACCUUCAGUAAUGGCUAUCCCAUAGAGGCUCCCGAAGUAGUCUUCGUCCGCGACGAGACCCACCCGAUUCCCAUACACCCACACAUAUACUCAAACGGAAUCAUCUGCCUGGACCUCCUCGACAAGUCGGGAUGGAGCCCCGUAAACAAUGUGGAAAGCGUGUGCGUAGCUCUGCAGAGCAUGCUGGCGAGCAAUACGAAGAACGAGCGGCCGCCUGGCGACGAGGACUUCGUGAGGACCAAUCGGCAGCGGCCAAGAGAUAUAAACUUUGUCUUUCACGAUGACAAGGUCUGAAUUGGAAGCCGAGACUCUACCAUAUGGCUGCCCGGAAGAAGGGCUUACUUGAUCAUGCCUUGAACGAUGAUUAUGAACACUGGUACCUGGUUGCUUGGGAGCGAAUGCGUUAAGGUUGCAUGGCGUUGAAGGAGGUUUAAAGGAGUCUGGCCGGGGUACCAAGCAUUGCUACGUUAUGUGCGAGGUCCAACUGCAUGGUACAGGCAGGGCCAAUGCGAAGGCAUUGGGCAACGUCUGUUGCUUCCUCCAUGGCUCAUGUAUCGGAGGGCAGCAUGAAGAUCUGACCCUUUUCCUACUGGGCUGACUCUUUUGCCUACCCGAUCUCUAAUAUAGAAUCCUUAUGUUGAGGGUCUGCGUGACUAGAUCCCGAGUUCUCUGGAAAAGUAGAAGCAAUGAGCACGUCUCUUCGAUAGCAUAGAUAUUUCUGGCCGCCAAGCCGUUUGCGCCCGUUAGACUGGGCGAUCCAAUCGGAGAAGUUUGAAUCAUGC